AUGGUCCGCUUAGUCCCCGACAAACUCGCCUUAUGUCUUCUGACCUUUCUCUUGACGGAAAUAGCCCUGACUGCGAAAGUGACGAACCCUAAAAAGGUCCCCAAAAAUGCUGUCCUCCUUUCAAAGGUCUCGGCGCUCACCGUACGAUCUGGCAAGCAGACUGCGUCCAGACGGGUCAAGCCUGUCCCGCAGUUGCAAUGUGUGGGCCCUGCCAAUAUCUGCAAAUUAUAUGCGAUUGAUGUGAUGCGUUGUACGAAUGAAGGCGCUGAUUACGACGAGAACAACGUGCAGUGGAGCUGCAAAGCUUCACUGCCAGAAGAAUUCAAGCUCGGCGCGACAGAUGUCUCCUGUGAAGGCUAUCUUAGCAGCGAAGAUCCCUAUGUCUUGUCUGGAAGCUGCGGCGUUGAGUACAGGCUCCUUCUGACAGACAAGGGUGAGGCUAGGUACGGGUCGCAAAGCAGUUGGGGAUCUAGGAAAUAUGGCGACGGGAACAGCAACGCUGUCGAGACAUACGCUGGAUAUCUUUUCAUGGCCUUGUUUUUGGGCGUGCUUUUCAUCAUUCUGCGCGGGAUUUACAAAGCCUGGCGUGAUGAAGCCCGUCGCAGACCAACAACACGACCACGGGGAGGCGGCGGCGGUUUUGGGGGAGGUGGUGACGAUGACCCACCGAAUGAUCCACCACCGCCAUACUCGGCUCGCCCCAAGAAGGCAACAUGGUCUUCAGGAUCACGGUCAGGGACAUUCUCGACCACUCGGACUCAACAGGAGGGAUGGCGACCUGGUUUUUGGACUGGCACUGCGGCCGGAGCGGCAGCCGGCUACCUAGCGGGCAGAGGCAAUCAGACUCGGACCGAACAGCAACCUCCAAGACGUGGUACAGGGAGCAAUUGGUUCGGAGGUGGCGGGGGUUAUGCAGGACCAUCUACACCUCGAUCCUCAGGCUCUGGAUCAAGCUCAUCUUCCGGCGCAAGACACGAGAGUACAGGUUUCGGUGGUACUUCGAGGCGUUGA